UCCGGGUUGGCUGCGCGGCGCUCGGGGCGGCCCCGCCUGCAGCCGCCGGCACCGGGCCCGGGCCUCGGCAGCUCCGCGGGCCCCGCGCCCGCCGCCCCCGGGCCGGCCCCGCCCCGCCCCGGCCCCGCUCCGGCCUGGCCCUGCCGCCCGCCGCCGCCGCCCUCCUGCGCGCCGCGCCCCUCCUCGCCGGCCUCCCGCGCCGGCCCCGCGCCCUCCUCCUCCUCCUGCUGCAGCCGCCGCCCGGCGCCGCCAUGCCCGGCCCGGCCGCCGGCAGCCGGGCGCGGGUGUACGCGGAGGUGAACAGCCUGAGGAGCCGCGAGUACUGGGACUACGAGUCGCACGUCCCGAGCUGGGGCAAUCAGGACGACUACCAGCUGGUUCGAAAGCUCGGCCGAGGGAAGUACAGCGAGGUCUUUGAGGCCAUCAACAUCACCAACAACGAGAGGGUCGUCGUGAAGAUCCUCAAGCCAGUGAAGAAAAAGAAGAUAAAACGCGAGGUUAAGAUUCUGGAGAAUCUCCGUGGUGGCACCAACAUCAUUAACCUGAUUGACACUGUCAAGGAUCCGGUGUCAAAGACCCCUGCUCUGGUGUUUGAAUACAUCAAUAACACAGAUUUUAAGCAACUGUACCAGAUCCUGACAGACUUUGAUAUUCGGUUUUAUAUGUAUGAGCUGCUUAAGGCCCUGGAUUACUGUCACAGCAUGGGAAUCAUGCACAGGGAUGUCAAACCCCACAACGUCAUGAUAGACCACCAACAGAAAAAGCUGCGGCUCAUAGACUGGGGUCUGGCCGAAUUCUACCAUCCAGCUCAGGAAUACAAUGUCCGUGUGGCCUCUAGGUACUUCAAAGGACCGGAGCUCCUUGUGGACUACCAAAUGUAUGACUACAGCUUAGACAUGUGGAGUUUAGGCUGUAUGCUGGCAAGCAUGAUCUUCCGAAAGGAGCCCUUCUUCCACGGCCAGGACAAUUAUGACCAACUGGUUCGCAUCGCCAAGGUCCUGGGCACAGAUGAGCUGUAUGGGUAUCUCAAGAAGUACCACAUAGAACUGGACCCGCACUUCAACGACAUCCUGGGCCAGCAUUCCCGGAAGCGCUGGGAGAACUUCAUCCACAGUGAGAACAGACACCUGGUCAGUCCUGAAGUCCUGGACCUCCUGGACAAGCUGCUGCGAUAUGACCAUCAACAGAGGCUGACUGCCAAGGAGGCGAUGGAUCACCCCUAUUUCUAUCCAGUGGUGAAGGAGCAGUCCCAGCCCAGCUCAGAAAAUGCUGUGCUCUCCAGUGGCAUGACAACAGCACGAUGAGGACUGGAAAACGACGGGUAAUUCAAGAUGUUUACAAAUAAAAGCAAAACCUUCGGUCACACAGUGAAGGGAAAAGAACCAAGGACCCCCCCUCCUUCCCUUCCCCUUUAUACUCGGCAGAAAUCUAACCUUGGGGGGGGUCUUAAACCUCAGUUCCUCUCUGGUGGUUGUGGUUAAUGUAACUCUAACCCUGUGGUACCAAAGCCCUGGGCAAAUGGUCUUGCAAGAGCUAAAUAUGUAGUGAUAUCCCCAGGGCUCCACACAACUGAUUCUGGUUCACAUCUCUGGAUCCUUCUCUUCCUUCUCAGUCCAGCCUUCCCCACCACGCUGGUGGGGACAAAUUGGUUGUUCCACCAUCAGCCCUUAGCAUGCCUCUUUCUGAACUUGCCUUUCUGACUUGUAGACUCUGAAUGAACCAAAUUCAGGCUGGGGGUCAGCAGGUGCAACUCUGUUUUGAGGUCCAAGUCUUUACUGCUCACUCUGGGCUUGAAUUUGGCCCUUGAAUUCCAGUUUCAAUUGUGAAUGCCGGGGUGGUUGGGGGGGAGGCGGGGGGGGAGUUCAACAAAAAACAACCCAGAAACCCAGCAGCAUCUCGGGAUUGGUUUGGAGCAUUAAAAGGAAGGCACUGAUCCGAGUUGCUGGGGAGAGGAGAUUCCCCCCUCCAGUGUGUUUGACAAAGGUUCGCUCUGAGAAGAAACUCAAUAGACCUGCUUUGGAAACUUGUGAAUGUGAGGGCUGCUCUUGUGGCAGGAGAGGGGAGGGACUAUCCAGACUUUCCCACCGAGCUCAGGAAAGUCAGUGUUGCAAGAUUUCUUGUGAUAGGUGUGCAACCACGUACCUCAUGACGUGGCUCCCAUGAGAAUUCGUGCCAGACGCAGACUUGUGCCAGAGCACAGCUCUGGAGCGGUUCAAUCCAGCACCGCAGGAUGGAGGAGUGGAGAGGAGGCCGGGGAGGAGAGCACAGGGAGGGGGGAGGAUCGACAAACAGCGGCGUCAGGGCGGGGGCUGUGCAGCUACUGAUCCAGGCCUUGGGAUCCCACACAGUGUUUUAACAAAGUCAGCCAUUUGUUGAAUUCUGGGGUGCCGAUCCUGUUGGGGGGUGGGGGGGGUUCGUCUUAUGGGUUCUUUCAUCAGAUCCCUCGAUGGCUUUAUAGCCCCACAAUUCACAGUUGCCUCCUCUACUUGUUCUGUGUGUAACUUCAUCAAGUGGUUCUGGUGACACUCAAACCUAGACGCUGGAGAUAGUGUUUUCCCACCAGCACCUAAACACAGAAUUUCCUUCUGCGGCAUUGUUGAAAUAGUUAAUUUUUUAUAAGGUUGCAAUGUUUCUAUUUGAAACAUCUGUUUACAUUCCAUAUUCCAAUAAAGUUCUAUUGGCAUCGACAGCAGGUCAAUCCAUUUGUAUAAUUCACUGAAACCAAUAAAUAUCUAUACGUCUGAA